AUGGCAACCGGAACCGGGUCGCCGUGCGGCGCAUGCAAGUUCCUCCGGCGCAAGUGCGCCCCGGACUGCGUAUUCGGGCCGUACUUCUGUUCGGAGCAGGGCCCGGCCCGAUUCGCGGCCAUUCACAAGGUGUUUGGGGCAAGCAACGUGUCCAAGCUGCUGCAGCACCACGUGCCCGAGCCCAAUAGGUGCGAGGCCGUGGUCACCAUUGCCUACGAGGCCCAGGCUCGAAUCAGGGACCCCGUCUACGGCUGCGUGGCCCAUAUUUUCGCCCUUCAACAACAGGUGGCGUAUCUUCAAGCCCAACUGAUGCAGGCGAAAGCGCAGCUAGCCCAAAGCAUGAUGUUGGACCAAUCAUCACGAACCACAGAGAAUCAAUGGGCCGCUGGGCCCAUUGACCCGGGUUGCAUGGGCCCGUCGUCUCAAUUUCAGCUCCCGAAUUAUAAUAAUUUCACUAACCGGUCGAACAUCUCACCUCAGAGCUCGUUGGACUCCAUUAACGACCACCACGCCAUUAACGGCGGCAUGCAAGAAAUUCAAAGCAGAGAUGAACUACACGCCCUGGCGCUUAGAAUGAUGAACAAUGAAAACUAA